GCUGUUUAAACCCCCUGACCACGUGACGGUCACGUGAGCGCGCGUGCGGCGAUGGCGGAGCUGCGCGUGCUGGAGAACAGGAUCAGUCACCUGUCGGACAGGUGCGCCGCGCUGCGGGCGGAGACACACGAUGAUGACUAUCUACAGAACGCCUCUUCCAUACUGGAGAAGCUGAGGAACUAUAACACACAGGCGGGAGAGAGCAGCAGUGUGGCAAAGCUGCUUCAGGAUUACACUCAGGUUAUCCUGGACAUCACAUUCUAUGAGGAGAACAGGCUUGUUGAUCAGGAGUUUCCAGAGGACACAUCCCCCUUUAAAAUCCAGCAGCUACUGCAGGACCUGACCGAGCCUGAGGUUUUAGCAGGAAGGCUGGCACCAAACCAAGAGGUGCAGUGUGUGUUGGGUUUGGAGCUGUUGGAGUGUCUGUACUGGCGCCGGGGAGCUCUGCUGUACAUGUACUGUCACACGCUACAUCAGAGAAAGCAGUGGAUCAAACAGAAUAAAGCCACAUUCCUAAAGUGUGUUCAAGAAGGCGUGCGGUACCUGAUGAAGAUGCUGCAGGUGCGGAGCUCUGUGAAACUGAAUGAUGGUGUUGUUUUCCAUGAUUCCACAACUGCAAACUUCCUGUCAGAAGGUAUCUUCUCAGACACACACUUGCUGACAAUGAUGUACAUAGGGGAGAUGUGUUUCUGGGCGGUAAAGUACGAGGACAGCAGUGCUGAUGGUGCGGAGCAGAAGGAAGACCGGCUUCAGUUCCGCGAUAUUGGCGCUCAGAUCCUGAAUAAGUACGUUCUGGCAUGUGAGGGUCCGCUGCAGGGCCAAGGCUGGAACACAGAAAACGCUAAAGAGAUCCUCAGCAUCCUACAGUAAACACAAAGCUCAGCUGUUCCCACAGUUAGUUCAACUACAAAACAGUAAAGUCAUUAAGAAGCACUUAUCUUCCAGCCCGUUACCUGGACAAGCAUUCUGACAGCGGAUUAACCAUUCUGAUGUAAGAUAUAAAUAAAACUAUUUGUUAAAAAAAAAAACAAUAUUCCAGUUCUGGAAAACACCUUUUAUUUAUUUUAGUUUAAUUUAUUUUAAAUUGCGUUUCUACAUGUUCUGAGAAGUGUUUUAGGGCGGGGUGUACAGAUCCGUAUUCACAGCCAUGUUUGAGUACAGAUCUUUUUCUUUUUAAUACCAUAUUUGUAAACUGCAUCUCUUUUGCUCACAUUAAUUAUUAAUGUUGCAUCUUUUCCCCUUUGACCAGCUGUAAUGUUCCCAGAUAUGAACUUUGAUAUUUUGAUAGUACUUUUAAAAAGCUAAACUUUUGGCUUGUAUUAUUUUCCAGUUGUAUUUCAUGCUUUGUUUAUGUCUUCAUUGAAAAUAAAUUUGGUUUAAAAUAUGUUUAA